AUGGCUCCCACUCAGCAAGUUGCCCUGGUCGUCGGUGCUUCUCGAGGCAUUGGCCGACAGGUAGCUAUUGACCUAGCAAAGAACGGCUAUGCAGUUGUGGUAGCCGCAAAAUCGACGAGCAAUGCGUACGCAGUGACGCCGUUCCCGCCAGAUCCCAAUUCGCCGCAGUCGACCAUCAGCACAGUCGAGCGCGAGAUUCGAGAGGCGGGGGGUCAGGCAACUGCCAUCCCUGUUGAUACAAGAGAUUUCAAGAGCGUGCAGGAAAUGGUGGAGGGCGCCAUCAAGGCGUAUGGUCGUGUCGAUGUCCUCGUGUACAACUCGGGCGCGAUAUGGUGGGCGUCAGUGGAGAAUACGCCCAUGAAGAGAUUCCAGCUCAUGCAGCGUGUCAACCCUGAGGGCCUUUAUGGCACGGUCCAGGCUCUUCUCCCACACUUCAAGAACAAUGGUUGGAAAGGGCGGAUAAUCGUCGUCAGCCCACCUAUCUAUUCUCGAUUUUUCCGAGGAAAGACCGCAUAUGCGAUGGGGAAGGUUGGAAUGAGCGUCCUGACCAAGGGUCUAGCCAUGGAUUUUGAGAGGGAGAAGAGGGAUGAGAUGGCUAUAACAAGCAUCUGGCCUGCUGCGUCCAUUGAAUCUGCAGCAACAGCCGCAAUGACCAAGGAAGAUCCAAGUACCAAGAAGGAUCUUAGAAAACCGACCAUUUACUCGGAUGCCAUCCUGGCAAUGUUGCGUGCGCCGGCAAAGACCGUGAAUGGGCUCCUCGCGUUGGACGAGGACUUCCUGCGCGAAUAUACUGGCAUGACAGAUUUCUCGAAGUAUUCCGUUGUGGAAGGGGCGGUGCCUAGGAGAAUCAUGCCGGCCCGUUUGCCCGACUUGACCGUAGCGGAACAGGCGGAUGAAGGUCGAAGAACGGAUAGUAUUAAGAUGAGAGCUUCUAAGCUGUGA